GAGAGCCAGGAACCUGCAAGUUCUACGAAAAAAGACAACGACAAUGAAAAUGGGAGGACAAACACCACUGCUAAGGACCCUCACCAUAGCAGCCCUUUGUUUAAAAAAGAAGGAGAAAUCUGGCAAACAGUGCCCCCCAAGGGUCAACACAGAAGACCACCAAAAAGAGGGCCACAUCGUGGCGGGACAAUGGGUAGUAAUACCGCAAGUGGGACGUCAAGCAAAUCGGCGCCCCACCAAAAGCAGCGUAAUGAGGGUCCAGAGGAAAUUCGUGGAAGAGGUUUCUGGGGACGAAGAGGGCGUGGUAGAGGAAGUAAACCAGGAAGGAGCCAAGGAAAAGGAGCUGCAGGUAAAUAUGUGUUUUUCUUGCCUUUAUGCCGUCCGAUGGAGAAAGAUACAAACAGGGCUCUCAUAGGAACCAUUGGUUUGAGAUGCUGUUGUAGUAUUGACCACUAUAAGUACUUUGUUUGCAGGAUCUGAUCAACAGCCUGGUGCAAUCCAACGUCAGCGUAGGGGUCCAUUCUCCCUAGGUUUCACACAACCGGGUAUCUGGUACGAACGGAACAAGUUAUAUGUGUUGGGACUACAUUACAGAACGUCACCUGACAGCUUGAAGAAUUUCAUGGAGCUCAUCAGUCACUAUGAGGUGAAGCGCGUGGAUUGGUUUAAGCCAAAUGGAAAAGCCAUCGUCACCUUUAACAUCGAAAAACUUACAGGAGAAGGUAAGAACUGGGCGUUAAUACGUAAACAGAGAGGGACCACACUUAUACUGCAAAAUAGCCCGUAUUUUUUGCCAAGGUCAAGAACACACGUGCGAACGAUCCAAGGAAAAGUCUGGGGUGAGGGUGAAAACGGAGAGUGAGACUGGGGAGAGGCGCCGAAAAUUCUUCUCUCGGCUCUUUGAGAGGUCCACGCACAUCGCGCGAAACUAUAUCACACCGGCGCCUCGCGUCUUGUAAAAUCGAUUGUGAGGGAAAAAAACGACUUGUUUGCAGUCUAUACCACACAUUUGAUGGCUAAAAAUGUGAAGUCGAUGUGAAGAAAGAAUAGGCCUUUUAAGCCCCUACACCAGCACGCGCAGUAUAACACAGUUUUUUUCACUUACUAUUAGCCCGUGUCAAUGUUAUCACUUAACCUACUGCGUAUUUAAGAAAGAAAAAUACAUGUCGUAUGGUAAUUUAGACUCAGCAGUAUCAAUUUUGUUUCAGAUUUUUCAAACAUUCGUGCAGAAGCUAAAAGAAGGCCGCAAGAAGGUGUGAACGUGUUGAUUGAAAGAGCGCCUGAAUGCAAAAGUGUUUUUGUCAGCGGGUUUUCGGAAGACACCACAAAGGAGCAAGUUGAAACUUACUUCGAUAAUAAAGUUGGUGCAUUAGAUCCGGCCCGUGGAGUGCAGAUAAAUAAUCAACUCUGGAAUGAGGGAAAGAAGCACAAGAGAGCUAUUGUCUAUUUCAAAGACAAGAAAAGUAAGUAAAAGUACACGUACGAAAGGAAAUGCAACCAUUUUUAAUUGUCCGUGGUGGUAAGGUGAAUAGCUGAAGAUCGUCGAAGAGUCAGCAUGUGUAAGCAAGAAGACAAAAAGUGUACUCACUUAAUGUACAUGCAGCGAAUGACGAUGGAUGGUUUUUCAUCCAAGCAUGUCAUGAUUUGAAAUUUUAAAAUUUACUCUUCUUAAAUAUUUUAAUUCGUUCUGCUACGAAACGCAGUUAAUCGUCCUUAAUAUUGAAAGAUUGCUGUGUGACCCUCCUUCAACCUUACAUUUAUGGAUCUACCUAUCGUAAAGAACGUUUAUAAAGCGAUGCUGAUUCGUAAGGCUAGCAUUCGACACGCCAGCCUUGUAAAUCUCUUCACGGUGGCAAAUAUGCUUGUACUGCCUUUUUCAGUAACACGGAAACAUUGAAUUUUCGCAGCCAAAUUCAUAACUUGCAUAAUUGCAAUCACAAGCGACAAAUCUCCAGACACAGCAAAAUACAAAAUGAAAAAAAAGAAAUGAAAUCCACCAUUCACAAAUCAUGACCUUUACAACUCGCUGAAGUAAACGUCUGUUUCUGAGGGGUCCGCUAAGAUGAUUGACGGCAGCAAACAACGAAAACGUUAGUUGCAGGGGGGCUCUCUCACCCCCUUGGUUAGUUGGAUUUUAAACUUCAGAGUUCGCGUGGUAUUGAAAUCCGCGGUAUUUAAAGACUCAGAUUUAUAAAUUUAUUAUUUAAACUCUAUUUUUUGCUUCACUUGUUUUAACCGGAAUCAUCUUUAAAACGCCUUUCGCAGGUGGCUUGCUGCUUUCCUCAAUGUUUUCUGCCGUGUCUUGCAGCAAACAACGGAAACGUUAGUUACAAGUGGGAGGGGGGGGGGGCUUCCCCACCCCCUUGGUUAGUUGGCUUUUAAACUUCAGGGUUUGCGUGAUAUUAAAAUCGCAGUAGAACUCAGAUCAAUUUUUUAAACAGAUGGGAUUUUUUUUUUUUUUAAACUUUUUUUUUUGUUUUCUUUGUUUUAACCGGAAUUUUUUUUAAACCCCCUUUCCGAGGUGUUUUUCUUUUUUCCUUAUUUUUUUCCGCCGUGUUUUGCAGAAAAAAAAGGAAACUUUAGUUAAAAGGGGGGGGGGGGGGGGGCUUCCCCACCCCCUUGGUUAGUUGGCUUUUAAACUUCAGAGUUUGCGUGAUAUUGAAAUCGCAGUAGAACUCAGAUCAAUUUAUUAAACCUUAUUUUUUGCUUCACUUGUUUUAACCAGAAUCAACUUUAAAACGCCUUUCGCAGGUGGCUUGCUGCUUUCCUCCAUGUUUUUUGCUGUGUCUUCAAAUUAUCCCUAGAGUCUUUGCGGUCGCAAAUCGUGCCAGAUCUCCGUAUCAUAUUAAGUAUCAAUAUACGCUGCGAGAAUAUGUAUCCAAGAGCCGUAACUUUAUGGAAUUCUGAAAAAGCUCCCAUCAAAACGUUAAGCAAAAGUCUGGCCUUGAAUUACUAAAAUAGUAUUCAAAAGCAAGAAAAAAUUAACGCUAAAAACGAACGACGUUUAGGAUUCGUCAUAUGUAUUAGUAAAUCUCUGCUUAUAAUAUGCAUGUUUUUCCCUGUCUUCUCUCUGUAUUACAGGUUUGUGGAAAGCAAUUAAGAAGGACCACUUUUUAGAUGGUAGGCCCCUUCAUGUGGAGGCUUUUUACCCUUAUAUAGGAACAAUUGUGCCCGUUGAUGAACCAAAAUGGCCAUCAAGACCUCUUCCAAACGAAGCUGAAAAUGGCAAACUGCCGGAGUUCUACAAAGAAGUUGAUCGGGACCUCAUGGAAUUUGUGAUGAAGUCAAACCAGGAAGUCAAAUUGAAGGAAGAAUUAGAUCAGUGCGAACACGCUCGAAUCAGGUGGACGAACGAGGAUGGAUAUGUGUUAAUUAAAUAUGGUGGAACUAAGGUGGACAGGGAGCUUGAUGAACAGGCUUGGAAAAGUCGCUGUUCUGAUAUUGUCGACUCAUUUCUCCACAACUGUUGCGCAAAAGAAUUUGCAUUGGAAGAGGAAAUUAAGGACGAAGUUGCCGAUCAGUUGCCACAAAUAGAAAGGCUUCUUCCGAAGCACACAGCCCAAAUAAAACUGGAGAAGGAAUCUUGCCAGCUAAGACUGGUGUGCCAAAAGUCAAAUAUGCCAGAUUUUCAAGAAAAAAUGAUGCUUCGCUUGAAAGAGGUCAAACGUCAGGUUCUGGAGAAAAAGUUGGAGCAGAAGGAGAGGACUGACAUAGCCUCCGAAAAGCUUCAGCUUCUUCAAAAUGCAAAGAUUGAGGAUUUGCUAAAGAACGAAUUCACGACAGAAGUUCAAGCCAAAGUGGACUUAGGCGGCAAAAGCCUAGUCAUAAAAACACCGAAAGGUCUUAUGGAGUCGGUUAUGUCACACCUUAAUAAGCGUUUGGACGAAAUUGACCACAAGUCUAUGCCUUAUCCUCCAGAGAUUCUAGGCAUCUUGAAAACAAAAGUCGGGAAACGAAAAAUGAAAACUGAACUGCCUGAGGGUUGCGCUUUUAACGUUGACGAGAAGACCAAAAGCGUCAUCCUUCUCGGGCGAACACUUGACGAAACAGUACGAGGUAGAGAAAAGGCGAUGGAAGUGCUCAUCAGUGACCGAAAUCUCUCUGUUAACGACAAAGAUAAUCACCUCAUAAGAUCCGGAAAGUGGGACGACCUUUGCAAGAAACUGGAAAAGCGCCUAAGGAUCCGCAUCAAACGCGAACUAUCUUGUAUUGCUGUCUUUGGGUUCAGGCAAGAUGUAGCAGAAGCUGUUACCAAAAUGAGGGACUUUCUUAACGAGAAGAAAGCGACAGAAGGAGAAUUCAGACUUGAUUCGCCUAUUCAUCGAAGGUUCUUCAAUGAGUUUUACAAAGAUGAACUAACUAAAAUCAAAGAAGAGCUUGCCUUUUCCGCUGUCAAUAUUUCUUUAGAUGAGGAUGGAUAUCGGAUACGUUUUUCUGGGACUGAAGAUGGCGUGAAGGAGGUGGAGGAAAGGUUGUACCUUAUGCAAGAGCAGAUUAAAGAGAAAACGGUUAAUAUUUCCACACCAGGUAUGCGAACGUUCUUAGCUCAAGAGGAAGGAAAACGGUUGAUAGCAACUAUAGAAUGCGAACAAAAGUGUGUUAUCGAGGUCACCGAGCAAAGCGGACAACAAGGUGAGGAAGAUGAAAGUGACGACGACGAGCCACUGAGUACCAGUAGUGACGGCGAUGACGAGGUUGAUGAAAAUGAAGAAACCAUUAUUUCAGAAGGGAAAAAGGUUAUCUGGAAGACAGGGAACAUUGAGGAAGAACAGGUUUGCAUGACGAUCUUUUUGUAUUCUCCCUAAAUAUAACAGAAAAAAACAAAAUUAGACGAAUAGAUGAGUUUAAGUCGACCGUAUAUCUUGUUACCUGCUGUUAUGUAUUUCUUUAUCACAAAUGCAAAAUCUCGUCACCUCGGAGCAUCUAUCUCUCAUAAUCAUAUAAUAUGUUCAAUAUCAAGCCUUAAUCACAGCAUGUUGGGUUCCCAGGCUAUUUGUAUUACUCUUUCACGCCAAAACAAUGCAUUGGACUUGAGAACCUAUGACGUUAGAAUCAAGGAGCUUCUACCUGGAAAAAACAACUGUCAAAUUGGGUUGUGACGACGUUUAUGAACACGGAGAAUUUCAUAGGAAAAGCAAUCAAAGAAUAGACUGAGUUCUAAUGCGUCUUGACAGUUAUUUAUGAUCAAUGUACGGUCUGGGUUAGUAAUGGACUCCAGAUACCUGAAAUGACUAGGCGGACUAGAGGGCUGAACUUUUUACUUAAAAUUCCUGUUGGCAUACAUGUAUUGAACUGAUCUAAUUUUUAUGAUUCUUUUCCAUUGUAGGCGGACAUUUUAGUGUGUUCUGUGGGUUCAAACUUUAAUCUCUCCAUUGGUGCGGUUGCAAACGCGAUGAGCCAAGCCGCUGGACCCACACUGCAAAAAGCCCUGAGAGAGAAAAAAGAUGAGAUAGCUGUCCUUGGAGAGGGAGACAUUAUUCACACUGUUCCUGGAAACCUACCUUGUCGUUACGUCAUUCACUGUGUAUGUUGCCCAUGGAAAAAAAGUCCUGAGCAAGAACAGGUUGGUGCGAAUCAAUCGAAGUUCAGAUUACAAGCAUAAUGCUGUAAUAGGGAACGUAUAACCUCAGUAUUUAUGAGAUCAAAAUCUCACCUGCGAAGACAGGAAGACUUUCUUUUUCAUUCAAGCCAACCAAUCCAGACUGAACUGCUUUCGAAAGUCUAUAAAGCGGAUUAACCAUUAUCUACACGAAAACGGCCUGAAGAAAUUUAAGUUAUAAUCUGACUGUCGACCAUGCAUUAGGUUAAAAAAUAUUACCUUUUUUAUAUAUGCUGUCGAAACCCAAAAGAACCCUCAACUUGUAGACAAGCCUCUUGCUCUGUCAAAGUCUCAUAUCAGCUUUUUGUCCUUUAGAUUCUCAGAGAUUUGUUGGGGAAGUGUUUUGACAAAGCUUCUGAGCUCGGGGCGUGCUCUAUUGGCCUACCACUUAUAGGAACUGGUAACCUCAAUUUCCCGUAUGAAAUUGCUGUCCACAUUAUGAUAGAGGCCGCUCUUGAUUACAUUCAAGCAAACCCAGACUCGCCUCUAGAAGAGUUCAGAUUCAUUGUGUACGGCGGUGACCAGCUUGGAAUUACAGAGUUUGAAGAAAAGUUUAGAGAGUUUAAGAAGGAAAACUAUUCAAAGCCAAAGCCUUCUAAGCAUCUAGCUGACCUGCGAAAAAGACGCCAGGUGACCCCUACAGCUGAAUUUAGUUAUAAAGUUGUUGAUGUUGGAGGUCUUACGGUGACGCUUAUGAAAGGAGAUAUCACACAAGAAUGUUCUGACGCAAUCUGCAAUGUUGUUACCCAAGACCUUGACAUGGAAAGUGGCAACUUGAGCAAAACCAUUGCUGGGGUCUGCGGCAACGCGGUGCAAAGAGAGCUACGUUCAAAAGCACCGCAGCGUCCAGGAGAAGUUUUGAUGACCUCAUCUGGAUUCUUAUCAACCAAGAAUAUUAUGCAUAUGGUUGUAGGAUCUGGAAAGAAGCAGCAUCUUCAGGCAUGUGUGGAGAAAGCUCUUAAGAUGGCUGAUUCUGCUAGCCUGGAUUCGGUGUCCAUUCCAGCGGUUGGUAGUGGAGGAUUGGGAUUAUCCCCUGAGGACUCGGCGGAAGUAGUUUUUGAAGCAAUCGUAGCGUUCGCUAACAAUCCUUCCCAAUCCGUUCAUGAGGUGAGAGUUGUGGUCUUUGACGAUUUCAACAUUGGUGCAUUCGUGAACGAGUUAGAAAGGGUCCAAAAGGAGAGCGCACCUUUCAGUUACUCCGGAGACAACGAAGAAGUAGCAGAUGCAACUAACAAUGACGAAGCCCUGGAGGCCCCAGGCGUGAUUUCAACAUUGGUGCAUUCGUGAACGAGUUAUAAAGGGUCCAAAAGGAGAGCGCACCUUUCAGUUACUCCGGAGACAACGAAGAAGUAGCAGAUGCAACUAACAAUGACGAAGCCCUGGAGGCCCCAGGCGAUGAGCUCCCUACAUGUUGUCGACGCCAAAAAGUUAUCGUUCAUGGGCGUACAGAGUCGUUUGACGCUGUAAUAGAAGCCAUAAAAGAUGGAGUCGCCAAAGCAUGCAAAGAUCCCCGCAUUAUUAAACGCGAGGUCGUUAACCGUUUGUCCAAACGGUGUAUACGGGAUCUAAAAAAAAAGGCACGUACGCGAGAUGUGAAAUUAGACCAACCAGAAGCCGAUACCAUCAGACUGGAAGGGCUUCCUAAAGACGUGAUGGACAUAAACUCAGAAGUGUCUGAUGCCAUUCAAGAACAGAGGGAACGAGAGCACAGGGAAGAGCGAGCAGAACAAACAUCCAAAACUGUUCAAUGGUACAUGGUCGACGUCUCAGGAAAACUGGAGCCUUUCGAAAAAAUGGCAAACAAUGAAAUAGAUUCAGCCUAUAAAAGCAAGAAACCGUCGCUGCUUUUUACCCAUGAGAAUUUAAAGGCCGAAAUCAAUUUUGGGACCAUGGAAGUUACAUUUUUGAGAAAUGGGAGGAUCAAGCAAGUCAAACGAAUAGAUGGUAAGAAAACGGUAUAUUUAAGUUUGGUCUGUUUAGCGUGUGGCACAAUAGAAAGAGGUCAAGUCAACGUAGAAAAAGUAUCACAUUUUGGAUCAACUAUAAUGCUUUCAAACAAACCACAAGGCAACUAAAAAGGCAAUUAACCCCUGGAAAAAUACCACUGAUAUACAACCAAAUUUUGUUUGUUCUGUUCAAACAUCUUGGAUGCCAGACCCCAGGCCCAAGACUACAAACGACAGUCCUUAGACUGAAUUCAAAUCCUGUAUUCUAAAUUCUAAAUUUAACAUGGACUUUCGUCCAUAGCCAAAUAAAAUGGCGACAGCGAUCAAUGCAUCAAAGUGAUAAAAUUUAAGACUUCGGGAUGAAAAUACUGCUUUGGUCAAACUCGUGGCCUUUUUGAGCUCUUGGAAUGGUCACAAAUAUACGAACUGUACUGUUCACAAAAACAGUGUAUCCCUGUUGGUGGUAACCACUUAACGUUGAGCAAAGGGAGAGUGUAUCGAAAUCUACCGGAUGUAUAUAUCAAGUGAUUUCAUCAACUGAUUGAUGAAAUUUUUUAAACAUUGUGAACCCUUAAGAUGAGGUUUAAAAAAACAAAUUCGAUAUUAAUUGUAGAUUUGAAAUUAACUGAGGGAAUGAUCAUCGUAGGCACGUACAAAAGUUAGAAAGGUCUGAAAAGAAUUCAAGGUUUUGACAGGACUUCAGCAUAUCAGUGACCUCCUCGUUGCCUUUUUGAUACAUUACCAUUUGAACUCUGAGUAUGUAUCAAGCCACUGGUGGUGUGUGUGCAGAUCCGGCAAUUUAUUGGGCUUUUCACUAUGUUCCUUAACGGGAAUGAACAUAGAUUAAGUAUAUAAAACUGAAAAAAAAUUCUACUGUUAACUAUGGAGGUAAAAAUCAACAAAGUGAUCAUCGCGGAUAUUCAGCCUACUAACUUUUUGUAGUUGAUUUUCUCCCGCUAAUGAUUUUACCGUGAGCUCCGUGAGAGAAACUAUUUAACUCACAAGUAGACAUUUGUUUUUCAUUAGUGUAUCCUCUCCCUGAUGAAUGGGACCCCCAGCCUCGAGACGAGCGCGGUAAAGAAGAGACUCUUCAUUUGGUCAGCCUUGCACAGGACUCCCGAGAGUUCAAAACGGUCGAAGACAAGUUUCUUCAGUCGCUGCGUGGGAAAGUCUCCAUAACCAACAUAGAAAGAGUUCAAAACCCGUCGCUGUUUAACGCAUACGCUGUGAGAAAACAAACUAUGGAUUUGAAAAACGGCCCCCAUGAAAACCAACUAGAACUUUUCCAUGGAACAAAGUACGAAUCUUUUAAGCCCAUAAACGUGCAGGGAUUUAACAGGAGUCUGUGUGGUAAAAAUGGUGAGUCAGGCAUAAAGUGUCCUUUUUUCAGCUAGCAGCAGAAAAUGAUCAAAACUAACCUUUCCUAAGUGGCAACAUAAGGGCUCAGAAAACAAGCAUGAAGGCAGAAACACAGUUCCCAAUUUUCCUGCUUCUUUUUAACACGGACGAACGACAAAAAAUUCCACCACUUCUGUGCUCAACUGCAGUAAUUUUUCUAAGUGGGGAACACUAAUUGUAUCUCACACGGGGUGCAUAUGAAUUCAGUUGCUAUCAUGUGACCAUCAAACAACCAAUGGCUGCAAAGCGAUUGAUCAAGAGAAAAACAAGCUAGAUGACAAUACCAGUGAAGUAAUAAGCGGCAGAGUUUGACUGAUCGGUAAGCCAUACAUGACGUUGGUCAUACAUAAACCCCCCAAUGGGAGUUAUUAUAUUCUAUUCGUAAAAGAAAUAAUGAUGGGCCGCGGCAUUUAGAGCUGUCUUCUCUUAAGAAAGCCCUUGUGUUGUCAUUACGGAUCAAUUUAGGUUUCCGUUCUGGGAAACUGCCCACCUACCCCUCCAGUAAAGCAAUCAUUUUGCCCUAAAGCCUGGUUUUCACUAGUGCAUAAGCAUAAGCAUGAGCACACGCACAUGUGUAAGAAAGUGAAAGUGGGUGGACAUAAGCAUAAGCAAAAGAACAAGAAAAACGGACAACUUCGUUCUUCUUGUGCUUGUGCUUGUGCUUGUGCUUAUGUCGUAGCUUUAACUAGUGAAAACUGGGUCGACAUAAGCACAAGCAUAAGCACAAGGCCAUGGACCAAUCAUAGGUCACUUUGACCCAGACCUUAUGUGAACAUAUCAAAAGCAAUAUGGCAGACGCUUCGUCGGCUAUCUUGUUUAUCAUCGGGUUGAGGAGAGCUGGUAUUGAGAAUUGAGUCAAAUAUGCCAUUCUGCGCGUGCGUAUAUGCCCUUAUGCUUAUGAUUAUGAGCUAGUGAAAACCAGGCUUAAGUGAGAACUAAGUGUUAAUAUUUGCAUAGGGGAGGGGUAGGUUGGCAGUCUCCCAGAAGCCUGAAUUGCAUGAUUCGUCAUUACAACCUAGUUCCUCAGUGCCAGUGUAAAAGGUACAAAGUGGCUGUUUAUUAAUUCCUGUAAAGGCUAAAUUAAUCAUCCAAAUAGAAAGAGAAGAGAUUGUUUACAUCCUCAACCGCAGAGGAAGUCAGUUCAUCGAGAAAAGGUUUUAUUGAAUUUUGUAAUUCAGGUACUUGUAGCUCAUUACUAUGCAAAAACUCACUUACAAACCAAGUGAUGGCGCUCUGAUAUGUUUGUUUGCAGCGACGGCCUACGGCGAUGGUGUUUACUUUGCAAAAGAUGCCAGUUACUCGGAGACAUAUUCACAACCAGGCCCUCACGGUGAACGCUGCAUGUACCUGGCGAGAGUGCUUGUUGGGAAGUACACCGCUGGAAAUCAAGGAAUGAAGAGGCCACCCCCAAUAGAUCCCAACAAACCAGAAAUUCUUUACGACUCGGUCGUCAACAAAAAGGACGAUCCGACUAUUUUUGUGAUUUUUAAUGAUUUCCAUUGCUAUCCCGAGUACAUAAUAACAUUCAAGAAACCGUAA